AUGGCUAAGGUUCUCGUCUCCGAUGAGGCACGCAAAGAGUUCUCCACUCUCCGUCGUGCUUUCGAUGAGGUUAACACACAGCUCCAAACCAAAUUCAGCCAGGAACCAGAGCCUAUUGAGUGGGAUUUUUAUAGAAAAGGAAUUGGGUCUGGCAUAGUGGACAUGUACAAGGAAGCUUAUGACAAAUACAAGCCCAAGUUUGAUGCUUUGUUGGUGGAACUGAAGGAAGCAGAGGAGAAAUCUCUACAGGAAUCUGCUCGACUGGAGAAAGAAAUCAUUGACGUCCAAGAGAUUAGCAAAAAGCUAAGCACAAUGACGGCUGAUGAGUACUUUGAGAAGCAUCCAGAACUAAAGAAGAAGUUUGAUGAUGAAAUCCGCAACGACAACUGGUGA